AUGUCCGUCGUUGCGGUCGCCGGCGGCCUUGGAGACUUAGGUCGCCUCAUCACGGAUGCCCUGUUUCAGACUGGCAAGUAUGAGGUUUAUAUCAUGUCAAGAAAGGACAAUUCCGGCCGCAUAUCGCCAUUGACUGGAAAACGAUACCUUCCUGUUAUUCAGACCGACUACUCCUCCAAAGAUUCUCUCAUGGAGCAACUCACGGAAAAUCACGUCAACGUCGUUAUCUGUGCCUUCAUUAUGGACUGUGACUCUGCGUCCGACGCUCAGCUACGCCUUAUCCACGCCGCCAACCAGUGUCCCUCCGUUACGCGCUUCAUCCCCUCCGAAUUUAAUGUUGAGUACAAUGUCAGCGAUGAUGUCCUCCCCUACCCAGAAAAGAGGUUUCAUCUCGCCGCUCGGCGAGAGCUGGAGAAGACAAGCACGCUCGAGUAUGCAUACAUCUAUCCCGGUAUGUUCAUGGACUAUUUUGGCCUGCCGCGGGUCAUAAGCAACCUCCGUCCGCUAUGCUUCUUCAUCGACCCGGCAAAUGGACAAGCGGUGCUGCCAGGGGACGGAGAAGCGAAGAUGAGCAUGUCGUUUACGACGGAUGCUGCGCGGUAUAUAGCGCUGGCGCUCGAGCUGGACAAGUGGCCGCGGAUCCUGACAACGGCGGCAAGCACCGUCUCAUUGAAUGAGCUCGUCAGGCUCGUGGAGAAGACUCUGGGUCGUAAGCUUGAAGUGCGUUAUCAAUCAGUCGAGAAACUGCUCAAACAUGAGGCAGUCGACCUCCCGACGAAUGUAGACAUUGCGAAGCGAUUUUCUGAGCGAUUUCCUCAAGGAUUGGAUCAGCUGCGAGCACUAAUCGCCGAUCUUGAAGCAGGUGUCGCACUUGGCGCAUUUGACUUUGGGAAGUUGAAUGGGAAUCUAGAUCUCGUCAAGGCAUUUGAGGGGAAGGUCCCGGCGCCAAAGCGCAUCGAGGAGGUGAUAGAGGAGGCAUGGAAGGCGGACUCCAGCCAGUGA